AUGACGCUCUAUCCCGCCCGCCCUUUCCACUCCGCCCCCGAGGAAGACGUUGUUCCUCUCUAUGGUUUCCCCGCGGGGAGGCAUUUUGCGACGGCCGCGCUCGACGGCGGCUGCUGCUGCUGCCGCUGCUUCGCGGCCCCCCUCGGCUCUUCUCCGGCGGUUGUCAGGGUGGCUGCGCUUUACGGCCCGGCGGCGAUGGCGGAGGGAGAGAGGGCGGAGAUUAAACAGCUGAUCGGCGGUUCGCAAAGCGGCUUUCCUAUGGUCGGGGCUCUACAACCGAAGAGGAGUUUCAAGUCACUUCUAGCCGUCCUGCCAGUUCCCAGGCAAAGGCUGUUCUUAUGGUUUCUUUUCCCCCCUUCCUUCUUAGGAAAGGACUAUGAGAACGCAGUGAAGUAUUACACCCAAGCCAUCGAGCUGAACCCCACCAACGCCAUCUAUUAUGGCAACCGCAGCCUGGCCUACCUGCGGACGGAAUGCUACGGUUACGCUUUGGCUGAUGCCACCAAGUCCAUCGAGUUGGACAAAAAAUACAUCAAAGGUUAUUACCGGAGGGCCACCAGCAACAUGGCCCUGGGCAAAUUCAAAGCGGCCCUGCGGGACUACGAGACGGUUGUCAAGGUGAAGCCGAACGAUAAGGAUGCCAAAAUGAAGUACCAGGAAUGUAACAAGAUUGUGAAGCAGAAGGCGUUUGAGCGGGCCAUUGCCAGCGACGAGCGCAAGCGGUCGGUGGUCGACUCCCUGGACAUAGAGAACAUGACCAUUGAGGACGAGUACAGCGGCCCGAAGCUGGACGACGGGAAGGUGACGCACGAGUUCAUGAAGGAGUUGAUGCAGUGGUACAAGGAUCAAAAGAAACUCCACAGGAAAUGUGCCUAUCAGAUCUUGGUGCAGGUGAAACAGGUGCUGUCGAAACUCCCUACCCUAGUAGAAACAACAUUAAAAGAGACAGAGAAAAUUACUGUCUGUGGAGACACCCACGGUCAAUAUUACGACCUCCUGAAUAUAUUCGAGUUGAAUGGGCUGCCGUCGGAAACAAAUCCAUAUAUAUUCAAUGGAGACUUUGUUGACCGUGGCUCCUUCUCCGUAGAGGUGAUCUUAACGCUCUUUGGUUUUAAGCUGCUAUAUCCAGAUCAUUUCCACCUACUUCGAGGGAAUCAUGAGACGGACAACAUGAAUCAAAUCUAUGGGUUUGAAGGUGAGGUCAAAGCCAAAUACACGGCUCAGAUGUUUGAACUCUUCAGCGAGGUCUUUGAGUGGCUACCUCUGGCUCAGUGCAUCAACGGGAAAAUCUUGAUCAUGCACGGUGGGCUCUUCAGUGAAGAUGGUGUAACAUUAGAUGACAUCCGGAAGAUAGAGCGGAAUCGGCAACCUCCAGAUUCAGGUCCCAUGUGUGACUUACUCUGGUCAGACCCACAACCCCAGAACGGCCGGUCCAUCAGCAAGCGCGGCGUCAGCUGCCAGUUUGGACCCGACGUCACCAAAAGCUUCCUGGAGCGCAAUCAUUUGGACUACAUCAUCCGCAGCCACGAGGUUAAGCCCGAGGGGUACGAGGUGGCCCACGACGGCAAGUGCGUGACUGUCUUCUCUGCCCCAAACUACUGUGAUCAGAUGGGCAAUAAGGGUGCCUACAUCCACUUGAAAGGCUCAGAUCUGCGGCCGCAAUUCCACCAGUUCACAGCAGUGCCUCAUCCGAAUGUCAAGCCAAUGAUGUAUGCCAAUUCGCUGCUGCAGUUGGGAAUGAUGUAACAAAGCGGCCCGUCGCCUCUGCUGGCCCCUCCCUUCCUCCUUCCUGUCUGGAAGCCCAUGCGCUAGGCAAACGACCCACGGUUCCGUUUCUUCAUUUGUUUGUGGGGGGUUUUUUUCGGUUUUUUUUUUUUUAACAAAUUCUUCCAACAUCCGCCUUCACUGCAACGCAGAGGUUAUGUUUUGGGCAGGGACCAGGAGGAAAGGGGGCCUGUAAACCUGAGCUGCAGGGGCGAGAUUGCCCAUGUCCCACCGCCCCUUACCCCUAAAGGCAGGGACCGAUUCAGCGCGGCCCCUUUUCUCUCUCCUUGCUCACGCCGUGCACGCACGCACAGGAGAAAACGGCAGCCAGAGUGUUUGAAAGGACUGAUUGUAUUUAUUCCCUAUGAAUUGGCUUGCUUGCUUCCUUUCAGAAACUCUUCUUCUGCUUCUCCGCUUGCCCAGAUUCGGCCUUCCCGUGCAAAGUCUGGAGGGCAGAAGGAAGGCAGAUGGGGGGGUCUGUCGGCUGGCCCGCGUUGACGCCUGUCCUCUUAGAAGGCGGCAGGUGGCGGCACGAGAGCCACCGUCUCGCUUUGGCACAUUCUGAGCCUACCUAAUCAAAAGCAGAGCUGAGAAGUAUUCAUGUUUUUGGAGGGCAACUCUUGAGAAUUCCCUAGGCAGCACGGAGGGGUCGGGUGGAAGGUCUCUUGGGCUCUACUCCAGAAAAGGUAGCAUUUAGAAGCUCUGUUAAAAGACAAAGGGCAAGUCCCAAGAAACAAAUAUUGGGCGGAGGGCCUCAUCCUGUGUCCCAUCUGUGUUGUCUCCUAAGCGUUUUGCCUCUCCCAUAGGAAAUCUGGUUCUGCCAUCCCAUGGACCUGAGGAGCGGGGAGGCCUCUCAGCCCCUAGCCAGCACCUCACUAUCUGGCAGGGUUCUCCCCCCCCCAUUCUCCCCUCCCACAUGCAUGCAUGCCUGGUUGCUGGCACCCAGCAUGUUCACAGCUGGUCUCGUCGACCCAAGAACCGAUGAAUUUUCAGAGCUUGGGGUGUGUGUGUGGGCAUGAGGCCCAUUAGAGCU